AUGGACGAACACAACACAGCUCAAAAACCACGCAAGCGCAAAGCGUCCAACCCCGAUCCCGCGCCACCGCGUACGCACCACGUGAUCGAACACUACAAACCAUUGCCCUACGAAAAGUCCUACGGUCUCAUGGGACGAUGCAGAAUCUGUCCCGAAAAGAAGAACCUCAUUAUAUGCAGCGACUGCAAUGCCAUGUUUUACUGCAGCUCCGAACAUCAAGCCCUCAACAAGAAAACGCACCAGACACUCUGCGACAGACUCCAAGAACUUCACGGCCUCAUCGCUGGUUCUGAGGACGCGCUGAAACGGAAUUCGGGAGAUGCGGGUACGCCUAAAGACCCGUUUAGGACUGCGGGUGGCAGGUUUUGGGAGUAUGAAGCGACGAGGGAGUAUAUGUACCGGAGGAGGGAUCUGCUGUAUGAGCUUUAUAGUGUCAAUACUACAGCAGCGGUGCAGCAAGCGUUAGACGAAGCCUUUGCCCUUUUACAACUGGAUUCUGCGGAUCAUCUACAAAUGCGUUGUCUAGUACCCUGGCUGCUCCUCCGCCUAAAACGCGACCAAGACUGUUACGACUUCUGCAAAUGGUGGGUCACAAAAGGGACCUCCGAAGAACACGACUGGACCUCCGAAACCUUACCUCUUGUCGGCGAAGACGCGUUCGAAUCCCUCGAAGUCUUUGAGCGGAUUAGAGAACCCGGAUCCACGGCUCCUGCAUCCGAGUCGUUCACGUUUCUCCUCGCCAUCUUACUAGUCAAACUCCGCAUGGUCUACGAGAUGAAAUUCCAGAAACACGGUAAAACCUCCACCGAGGUGAAAGAUAGCAAAAGUGCCAUCAUACUAUCCAUCGUCGACAGUCGCGUGAAAGAAGAAUGGAUACCGCUUAUCCAGUCGGUGGAAAACCAGGCCAGAACGCUAUAUCGUGCUGUUGCGGGAGCGAACAAACACUUUUGGCCUGCAUUCCUCAAUCGAGCUGAUGAUGGCCUGGAGGACGCACCGCCGGAGUCGGCUGGUGUGGGCGAUGAGGCGGAGAUGAAGAUUAAGUUGAGGGAGUGUAUGAAUGCUUGGUUGGAGAGUCUGGGGGCUGAGGGGUUGGUUUCGGAUAUGGAAAUGGGUAUGGAUCAUGAGCCAUGGUGGUGCUCUAAUAGGGAAUAG